CAACAGAGGCUACUAGUGCUAAGAGUCCCUGGAGGAAAAGGGAAAUUCAUGCAAGGGAGAAAGAUGAGCACAUGUGAGCAGAAAUAAUUCCUUGCUAAGUUACUGAAAGAGUGGAAGCAGUAACAGAGAAGUAAGUUGCAAGGAGAAUGUCAGUUAACUCAUGAAUUGUUAGAAAUGUUGGACCAAGAGCAGCAGCACCUAAGGGUGUUUUGAAGUUGGCUGAAAGUAAUAGAAUAUCUAAGUUGGGAGAUGCUCAGCUGUGAGCUGCUGAGAAAUGUCAACUCUGAUUAAAUCAGAAUAAAGAAUAGUUUGCUCAUUCUACUUGAAUGUGGGGAAUGAGAUGGAAAGUGAAGGCCAGGUCUCUGCAAGAUUAAACUAGCGGAGGUAUAAAUGUAGGUAUUUCUCCUGACAAGUUUUGCUGAUUGAGUUUGUGGCUGGAUAUGUUAGAAUAAAUGAAGUGAUUCUGGCAGUAGGUACUGGGAUGAUUUCGUGAUCCAGGGGUUACGCAGACUUAAGGAUGCCUUCCCUUGACUGCUGCUUCUUUCAUAGUCCUCAGUCAUGCGAGGCAACUGUUUGAACUAGAGUCCUGAACUACACAGGAGUUAAAAAUAACCUUAUAAAGAAACCCCAAAAUACAACUUUUUGGUAUACAAGUGAGUGGCAACAGCUGUAUGUCAGUUCAGUUUGGGUUGUGUUCAUGCUACAAAUUAUUAUGAAUAAACUCUAGUGAUAUUCUGGUGUUAGAUAAAGCGUGUCUAGGCUGCUUACAACUAGAGGCAAUUUUCAGAUAACUUGUUGUCACAUUGUUAAAGAUCUAUCCAACAGAAAACACAAACUACCUUCACAGUCCAAUGGUGAAAUCAUAGGUGAAGGAAGACUUACAAGAGGAUUCGGAUCUCAGUAGAUCGAGCCAUAUGAUUGAAGGGCUUCCAGGCUUCCGGAGAACUAGGCAGCUGACAAGUGGCCGUCAGUAAAAAGGUGUUCCUGAUCCACAGCUCUUACAUCGGUAACCCGUGGAGGGGAAGAUUUCUGGAAACUUGUAAGUCUGCCAUAGGUGACAAGUAUAACUACUCUGUAGUGAUUGAGGGCUGAGAUGUAAAAACUCCACAAACAGUAAGUGUAUGCUGAGUGAUGAUUUAAACUGAACUAUUAAGGUCUAAGAAACCAGGAGGAUCUAUUCCCAUAACAAUGGCAGCAAAGUCAUCACUCCUUAAAGUAAUACUGCUAGGAGAUGGUGGAGUUGGGAAGAGUUCCCUUAUGAACAGAUACGUCACCAACAAGUUCGAUGCACAGCUGUUUCAUACAAUAGGUGUGGAAUUCUUAAAUAAAGAGUUGGAAGUCGAUGGACAUUUUGUUACAAUGCAGAUAUGGGACACGGCAGGUCAGGAACGUUUUAGGAGCUUGCGGACUCCUUUCUAUAGAGGUUCUGACUGUUGCCUGCUAACCUUCAGCGUGGAUGACUCUCAAAGCUUCCAAAACUUAAGCAACUGGAAGAAAGAAUUCAUUUAUUAUGCAGAUGUCAAGGAGCCUGAAAGUUUUCCGUUCGUGAUACUGGGUAACAAAGUUGAUAUCGAUGAAAGGCAAGUGUCUACAGAAGAAGCCCAAGACUGGUGCAGGAAUAAUGGCAACCACCCCUAUUUUGAAACCAGUGCAAAAGAUGCCACUAAUGUUGCAGCAGCCUUUGAAGAAGCCGUUAGAAGAGUUCUAGCCUCUGAAGACAGAUCAGAUCACUUUAUUCAAACAGAUACAGUAAACCUUCAUCGGAAACCGAAACCCAGUUCAUCUUGUUGCUGACUUACCUUUUUU